GAAAAAGCAGGAAGGCACGGAGUCCUUCGCCUUCUCCCUGGCUGCGCUGUCCCCCUCGCGCGCGGGAUGGGUUUGAGGCUGCCUCGCUCGGGUGACGUCAGCGCCCCGGUCCCCGCCGCAGCCGCUGCAUCCUCCGUGCCCGGCCUGAGCCGGAGUCCCCCGCACCCCCGCGUUCCGCCCGGCCAUGGCUGCGGUGGCACUGAUGCCACUGCCGCUGCUGCUGCUGCUGCUGCUGUUGGCAUCGCCGCCCGCCGCCUCCGCGCCGUCCGCCCGCGAUCCCUUCGCCCCCCAGCUCGGGGACACGCAGAACUGCCAGCUGCGGUGCCGCGACCGCGACCUCGGCCCGCGGCCCUCGCAGGCGGGGCUGGAGGGCGCCUCCGAGUCUCCCUAUGACAGAGCUGUUCUGAUCAGCGCUUGCGAGCGUGGCUGCCGCCUCUUCUCCAUCUGCCGAUUCGUGGCCAGGAGCUCCAAGCCUAAUGCCACCCAAACUGAGUGUGAAGCAGCCUGCGUGGAAGCCUAUGUGAAGGAGGCAGAGCAGCAGGCCUGUAGCCAUGGCUGCUGGAGCCAGCCUGCGGAGCCUGAGCCAGAGCAGAAGGUGGGCCUCCGACUGCGCCUGGGUCCCCUUUCCCAAUAUUCCCCCCUGCUUGACCCCAUGGGAAAUCUUCAUUCAAAAGCAGAGACUCUGCCAGACUCUGCGCCUCUCUGUGCUGUCUUGUUCCUGGUCCAGACCCAGCCCGUAGUGGAGAGCCUCGGCUUCCAGGGGGGCCGUCUGCAGCGCGUGGAGGUGACCUGGCGAGGCUCCCACCCUGAAGCCCUGGAGGUGCACGUGGACCCUGUAGGCCCCCUGGACAAGGUGAGGAAGGCCAAGAUCCGAGUCAAGACCAGCAGCAAGGCCAAGGUGGAGUCUGAAGAGCCACAAGACAAUGACUUCCUCAGUUGCAUGUCCCGGCGCUCGGGUCUGCCUCGCUGGAUCCUGGCCUGCUGCCUCUUCCUCUCCGUGCUGGUUAUGCUGUGGCUGAGCUGCUCCACCCUGGUGACCGCGCCUGGCCAGCACCUCAAGUUCCAGCCUCUGACCCUGGAGCAGCACAAGGGCUUCAUGAUUGAGCCUGAUUGGCCCCUGUACCCUCCGCCGUCGCACGCCUAUGAGGACAGCCCGCCACCCUACAAGCUGAAGCUGGACCUGACCAAGCUGUAGGCCUCCGCUGGCCCCAUCAUUGCCAACUGCAGGGGCCCCUCGGGCCUCACUUGCCCUGAGCCCAGGAGUCCAAGGGUAGGGUGGGUCCAGCCUUGAGCCCCUCCACCCCCAAAUCUUUCCUCUCUUCCCAGUCCCACCCCUUGCCCCACAGAGUCCUGGGGAUGCAGUGUCCCAGCUGGGAGGAGGGCGGGAUUGGGCGCUGGUUCUUCCUUGUCCCCGCUUUCUCCGGGGCUUGCUACUUUUUGUCUUCUAUUGUGUAGCUUUCUCAGUAUUUGAACCCCAGUCCUGUGUCGCCAUCCUUUUUCCUUCUCUGUCCCCUCUCUGCGGGGGCUGAGGCUGAGGGGGAGCUGCAUCUUGCUAAGGCUUCUCCCUUCUCCCCAUCCCGAUCUCCAGAGACCCAGCUUCCGAGAGAUGGGGUGUGGGCAUCUCCAUGCCCUGACAGUGUGUGCCUGGGGCUUGUCUGGGGCUGGGGAGGAAUAAACCAUGUAUAUAAAAGA